UGUAUCUGAACCAACCCCUUUAUGCCAUUGGCUCUAGAUAUGAAACUCUAAGAGCUACUUAAUAACAUUGUCAUGUGAUGACGUUGGUAAGGAAAUAAGCAUACUACAAGUUCCGUAAAGGCGAAUUAUAAUAUUACUGUCUACUGAGUAAGUGUCAUUUUGUAACUGGCUGUGAUAGCGGAAAAAUAGCUACUCGUAAUGGCGCUGAAACUGCUGUUCUUUGCUGUUCUUUGCUACAUUCGUGGUUCCAAUUCCCUUGACUCCUUUUGCGUUAGAGCCUUGGGCAGCUGCUCAUGGUCACAGUCUUGUUGUAAAAACACAUGUGUUGAUGCCCCCAAUUGUCUUGGCCGAUCGUGUUCCAUCGACUCACAUUGCUCAUCAUCUGAAUCGUGUUGUACAGGCAAAUGUACCAAGGGAUCUGAUUGUCUCGGCCAAUUCUGUUCCAGUGACACCGAUUGCUCGUUAUCAGGAUUUUGUUGUGGCCACAAGUGUGUUAUCAAGGGAUCCAAUUGUCCGGGAAGAUCGUGCUUUAGCGACUCACAAUGUUCUGCAUCAGAAUCGUGUUGCAACGACAAAUGUUUCAGUGGUUACAAUUGCCUCGGUCAAUCCUGCUUCAUCAAUUCAGAUUGCUCUAACUCAGAGUCAUGUUGUAAUAGCAAGUGUGUUGUAAAGGGAUCCAAUUGCUUGGAUUCUGCUUUAAUCACCCCUAUAGUACUUGGUUCACUUGGUUUGAUUGCGACUAUUAUCAUAGUUGUCGUCAUCGUAGUAAUUCUCAGAAGAAGGCACUUUGGUGGAGUGAUCAACUACCGUGAGUUUCCUUCAGUUCCAUUAUCACAAAGAGGAGUUAACCAUCCACCACCACAACAGAGCGGUAAUGGAACAACUGACCAAGAGGCGAACCAACAGACAACUUAUCCUCCUCCUUCAUAUGAAGUUUCAGCAAGUGGAAAGACCACAGUUGGAGAAAUUGGUAAUGACAAAGGGAGCCAUGCUUGAGCGACAAUCUUAAAAAUAACGGCGAGCUAUAAGAAUCACAUAUUAGAACGACGCAGAUAAACAAGGGGACCUCACAGCCGCUACAGUGACGGAUCCAGGAUUUUUCAAAGGGGGGUUCCAUUUCUUAAACUGUGUAUAAUUCUCUUUUGUUUAGUUGAUGUUUGACAAAACAAUUGGCUCUAAUCACCUAAUUUACCAUC